AUGCAGGAGUUGAAGACCCAGUUGCAGGAGUUGUUAGAAAAGGGCUACAUCCGGCCGAGUACGUCUCCGUGGGGAGCGCCGGUGCUUUUUGUAAAGAAGAAAGAUGGGAGCAUGAGACUAUGCAUCGACUAUCGAGAGCUGAACCAAGCCACUAUCAAGAACAAGUACCCUCAACCGCGGAUCAACGAUUUGUUUGAUCAACUCCGAGGCGCCGGGGUGUUUUCUAAGAUUGACCUAAGAUCUGGAUAUCAUCAGUUGAAGGUGGCAGAUAGGGAUAUUCCUAAGACCGCAUUCAAUACUCGUUACGGUCAUUACAAGUUCACGGUGAUGCCGUUCGGUUUGACAAAUGCCCCCGCAGUGUUCAUGGAUUUGAUGAAUUGGGUAUUCAAGACUCAUCUCGACGAUUUUGUGAUCGUGUUUAUCGAAGACAUCCUUGUGUACUCUCGGGAUAAGGAAGAGCACGUAGGGCAUCUCUGGAUAGUACUCUAG